AUGGCUACUAGUGAAAAGAGCAAGGCCGAGAGGGAGGCUAAAGGAGAUAAAGCCAAGGUGAAGGACGAGCCACACAGAAGAUCUGCAAAGUUGUCUGCUAAACCUGCUCCUCCAAGGCCAGAGCCCAAGUCUAAAAAGGCCCCAGCAAAGGGAGAGAAGGUACCCGAAGGGAAAAAGGGGAAAGCUGACGCCAGCAAGGAUGGGAAUAACCCUGCAGAAACCGGAGACGCCAAAACAGACCAGGCACGGAAAGCUGGAGGUGCUGGAGAUGCCAAGUGA